AUGGAUUCGUGGUGUUUACCUUGGGUUCUGCUCUGUGAGGCUCUCCGUGUGAUCUCUGGCUUGCCAGCGCUAGAAAACUUUGAUGUAGAUGGUGGCAAGAACAAUGACAUAUUUGACAUCAAUCACGCUUUGGGACUGAACCUGUUUGAGGGAGACAUCAACCUUGGUGGGACAGCCAGAAGUUCCCUUAUUGGUGAUAAAAAUAAAUGGCCUCACGUCAUCCCUUAUGUCCUCUCAGAUAAUCUGGAAAUCAAUGCUAAAGGAAUUAUCAUGAGAGCGCUUGAGCGGUAUCGUUUAAAAACCUGCAUUGACUUUAAACGGUGGAAAGGGGAAGACAACUAUAUUUUUUUUCACAGAGGAGAAGGGUGUUCAUCACUAGUGGGAAAUAGACACAUUGGAAAACAAGACAUUUCCAUAGGAACUGGAUGUGACAGGAUAGGGGCAGUUCAACAUGAGAUCCUCCAUGCCCUGGGUUUUGUGCAUGAGCAUUCCCGUACAGAUCGAGAUGACUAUAUUAUAAUAAUGGAAAACAAUCUUUUUCCAGGAACAGAAAACAAUUUCUACUCUCUAAGUGAAAAGAUAAUAGAAACCUUGAAUGUUCCCUAUGACUAUAUAUCUGUGAUGCAUUACCCUAAAACUGCAUUCCAAAUAAAAAAAGAACCAACAAUUAUAACAAGAAACCCUGACUUCAUGGAUAUAAUUGGACAACGAAUGGAUUUCAGUGAUUACGACAUUGAAAAAUUGAGUCGACGCUACAACUGCUCUUCUUCCCUAACCUUUCUGGAUUCAUGCGAUUUUGAACUGGAAGAUAUCUGCGGCAUGAUUCAAAGCUCAGAAGACAAUGGUGACUGGCAGAGGGUUUCACAGGUGCCAGGUGGGCCUGACACUGACCAAUCAUACCAGGACAAGUGUAAAGGUUCUUGUUUCUUUAUGCACUUCAACAGCAGCUCUCUGAAGGAGGGGGAAAAGGCAAUCCUGGAAAGUCGAAUAUUUUACCCUAAGAGAACGUUUCAGUGUUUGCAAUUUUAUUACUACAACAGUGGUAACAAUGAUGACCAGCUCAAGAUCUACAUCCGGGAGUAUGUCUCGUCCCAUCAUGAAAUCUCUCUUACUCUACUGGACGAAGUGAAAGAUGUACCCGUUGGGAGUUGGCAGCCCUAUUAUGUAAAAUUGGCAGCUACCAACAAAUUCAGAGUAGUGUUUGAAGGAACUCGAGGGAAUGGCACAUCAGUUGGUGGUCUCUCCAUUGAUGACAUCAACCUUUCAGAAACUUGGUGUCCUCAUCACAUCUGGAGGAUAAGCAAUUUCACGCAAAUCCUUAGCUCGAGGGGUGUUAUUGAUAGCCCUCCAUAUUAUUCCCAUAAAGGCUAUGCUUUUCAGGUUCAGUUAGAUGCAAGUGAUGAGACAAAGAUAGGGAUGUAUUUCUUCCUGAUCUCUGGGGCCAAUGAUGAACAAUUACGGUGGCCAUGUGUAUGGCAACAAGCUACAAUGACACUAUUGGAUCAAAAUCCUGAUAUUCGCCGGCGCAUGUCCAAUGAGAGGAGUUUGACUACAGAUCCAUUCAAGACAAUUGAUAAUGAUAAUGAAAUCGCUUUUUGGGACAAACCCUCCAAGGUAGGAAUGAAUGCAACUUUCCCUAAUGGAACAUCAUAUAUCAGAGGUCGGGGAUAUGGAAGCAGUGCCUACAUAACACAAAAAUGGCUAAAAAGCAGAGAUUUUAUAAAAGGAGAUAAUGUUUACAUCCUUUUGACAGUGGAAGAUAUAUCACAUCUCCUUUUCACUCAGCCAGGAUCCAUCCCUACAAAGGUGCCAGUCCAGCCAACUAAACUUCAUGUAAAUCUCUGUGCAAACUUUACCUGUGAGAAUGAUGGCAUCUGCGUUAUCCGUCAGGACAAAGCAGAAUGCAGGUGUCAAUCAGGUGAAGGCUGGUGGUACAAUGGAGAAAAAUGUGAGAAGAUGGGUUCCAACAUGCACAUCAUAGUUAUGACAGCUUUAUUGGCUACAAUAGUAUUUACUUUUAUGCUAAUAGUGACUUUUUUGAAUGUCUGUUUUAUUAAGAAGAAAUAUAGAAAAAGGCACAAUGCCAAUGCAUCAGAUAUCACCAUAGAAAAAGUAUAUGAUCAGUCCCUCUGGUGGCUGCAAACUACAGCUGUCCUCUUUGCCCAGGAACUGAAACCAGGGACUCUGUUCUCCCGUAAAGUGCCCACAGCUCACAGCAUCCCUACCCCUCACCACUGUACUCACCAGCUGUUUUAG